ACACCAUCACGUCCACCGCAAUCAAUUUCCAUCAAUCUAGAUCCUGUGCCUUGUACACGCCUGCUUACGCUACCUCCCCUGACCGUGCAUGCAGAUUAUUCCUCGACAGCACGCAGACAGACAGACAGACAGACAGACAGAGCACUGGUGGCUACGCCCCAUCCGCUUCCCUUUCUUUCAACGCUUUAUUCAUCAUGCACGCCAUCCUGCUUCGCUUCACCCACCCUUCAUUACCCCCGCCGCCAGCCAAUCGCUGCUUGCCUACCUGACUGCGCUCUCUGCUUGCUCAAUAGCCAGCACUAGCAUCACUUCUUCAUAUGAUGAUGACCUCCCAAUGGAUGGAUCCUUGGGUCGCCAGAUGCAUCAUCUUGCUUUACUAUCCAGCCACACUGUUCAGCCGUCCACCAUCCAUCCAUCGUCAUCAUCAUCGUCACCAUCAUGAUCCACAGCUUCUCCCUCUGGGCACAUAUGCAUGCAUGCCCUUCCCUCUUCCCCCCGGCUCAGAGCUGAGGGGCCGUUCCUGGAGCUAAGCAUGAAGGCGGCUGCACGAGACCAUGUUCAAAUAGCGGGGUGCAUCAAUCAAUCAAACAUUGAGCCAUCAACGUCCAGAGCGGACGUCGGACAGAGCAAUGUACAGUAUUUACCUGGGAACGAGCUUGCUUGCCCUCGUUGACCCCGCAUUUCGUCUGCUGUGUGCGUGUUCGUGUGUCCUUGGCUGUGUGUGGCGCAACAGCAUGCUCGAGCCAGUCAGCACUCGAGCCGUCCAAAGACACCUCCUGCUCCUCUCCCCCAUUUGUGAUUCGAAACAUGUCGACACAUCAAUAGAUUUUCCGGUACGCACUCAUCCUAGACGAACCGCCUUCGGCCCGACGCCACUUCAACACGGGUCGCCCGGGCUUCGGCUGCGGAGGCCAGCCUUGAGCUCCAGCCUUGGCUUUGGAUGGGAGCCACGACUGCAUCAGUGGCUGCUCGCCAUCACCAAUUCCUCAUAG